AAAAGUCUUAUGCAGCACGGGUAUAUUUGUAGCAACAGUCUACAAUACAUUGCAUGGGUCAAAAUUCUACCUAAUUAAUUAGUUAAUACUUCAUUAUAAAUUAUAUCUUUCUUUUAUGCCCCCAAAAAUUUGGAUAUUAAGUAAAGUUCAUGUUGUGUGAAUAUAUUUUGUGAUGUUCCCAUCAUAAUUAUAACAAAACUUAAUUUUUGAUUAGUAAUAUCUAUUGCUAAGAGCUUACCAUUAAAAAUGGCACAAAUGUCUGUAUGGAAAAAGUGUAUAGAAAAAUAUGCAAAUAAUAUAGACCAGUGAUUACACAUGAGCAUGCUGAUCAGUGUCUUCAGGAUCAUUAAAAAAAAUCACAGGUCGGUGAGUUUUAUCAACUCCAGGGUAAGAUUUGAGGAACCCUGAUACAGACAUUCAACAUAUUACAUAAACGGAGACUCGAGAUAUUAAUAAAUAAAUGGUAAAACAGACCGUUACCAUAUCUGCACAAUUAUGCAUUUGUUGCUGUACAUUAUUAAUGAAAAAACACAGGAGCGGUCGUUUAAAACUGUUUCUGAGGUCAUGCUGGAAACCAUCCGUCAGUUUGACACGUCCUCGCGCAUGCGCAGAAACCCCUCCGCCGGCCAAUCAGAGGAAGGGCGCUGUUUUGACUCAUAUUUUGAAUCAGUCGGAAACGGUUACGCGCACUGUCGGAGUGCGAAGACCGUGCGGUGAAAUAUAUUACUUCAUAAAAUACAACAAAACAGCGAGGAGCCUUGUCUGAGGGCGAGGAUGAGGAAGAGUGAGGUGAUUGCUGCAGAAUCGGUGGCAUGCUUGAAUAAAGCUCUCGGCCAUCUAAAGGACAUCUGGGAGGAAAUUGGCAUCCCUGAGGAACAGCGAUUAGAAAGGACAAAUGUGGUGAAGAAUCAUGUCAAAAGUCUUCUGGACAUGAUGAUUGCCGAGGAAGAGAGUCUGCGGAAACGUCUGAUGACCAGUAUUGAGACAUGUCAGAAUGAGAUGAGUAAGUUGUGCUCGGAGCUGCAGCUUCUUCCGUUUCAGGAGGAGAGAAGUAACACUAUGCUACAGCAGGAAAAAGACCUUCGGACACGUCUCGAAGUGAUGUUGAAGGAGAAAAACCAGAGAAUGCAAGCGCUCAAAGCUUUAACCGAGAAGGAUCAGGAUCUCUGUGACCUCCUCUGCUUCCAGCCGUUUUCUAUCUCUGCUGAUUCUGUUCCGUCUCUGGAACAGCUGGAGAAAUUCCAUCAACACAUCUCCUCUCUCACCACUGAGAAAGAACGAAGACACAAGGAGUUUGUCACAUUGAAGAAGCAAAUAAUACUUUGCAUGGACGAUCUGGAUCAGUUGCCUGAGACUAGUUUUGAAAAGGAUAUCGUAUGUGAAGAUGAAGAGAGUUUUUGCUUGUCUAAAGAAAACAUUGAUUCACUCAAAGUCCUCCUUCACCAGUUGGAGAGCAGAAAGGCAGAGAAUGAACGUGUCUGUGGCUCUUAUCGGGAGAAGAUACAUGAACUAUGGGAAAGGUUGCAGAUUCCACAGGAAGAGCGUGAUGCAAUUUUUGAACACAUGACCCUGUCAAAGAAAAGAAAUAUGGAAGCUUUAGAAGCUGAGGUGAAACGUCUUGAGGAACUGAAGCUGAAAAAUAUAGAGAACGUUACUGAGGCCAUUCGGAACGAGAUUGCGGUCUUCUGGGAUAAGUGCUUUUAUAGCACUGACCAAAGGGAAGCUUUUGUGCCUUAUUAUAAUAAUGAUUUCAGUGAGGAACUCCUGAGCUUGCAUGAUGCAGAAAUAGUGUGUCUUAAACAGUAUUAUGAGGACCAUAAAGAUCUUUUUGAAGGCGUUCACAAAUGGGAGGACAGCUGGAGACUUUUCUUAGAGCUUGAAGAAAAGGCCAAAGAUCCGACCAGAUUCACCAAUAGAGGAGGAAACCUACUAAAGGAGGAGAAACAACGGGCUGAUCUGGUCAAAGGUCUCCCCAAGCUUGAGAAGAAGCUGAAGGCUGAGAUUGAACAGUGGGAACACGAACAGGACAGAGAAUUCCAGGUGAAUGGUCAAAAGUUCAUGCAGUUUGUUACUGAUCAAUGGGAGACGUACCGGCUAGAGAAAGAGCGGGAAAAACAGGAGCGGCAACUAAAGAAGAACAAACAGACAGAGGAAGACAUGGUCUAUGGCACUGUGAUCCGGACACCGACUAAACGAAGAUUUCUGGGCAGCACAACACCUUGUAAAGCUCGAAAGCUAAACGCUACCUCCAGCACUGGCACUUCUAACAGCACUAUCCGUUCUGUCUUUGGUGGUACUGUCUGUCAUUCUCCUAUAUCACGUCCCCCGAUUUCAGCAAGCAAGGGUAAUGUGAAGACUCCAGGCCAUGGCAAACCUCCUCAUCAAGGUUUGCUAGAACGCAAUAAGGAGAAUAUCUGUCAUCAAACUGGCAGCGUGGCUGGCAUGACGAAGGUACCAGCUAGUCCACAGCGUAACUUCAGCAUUAACUCUGUCGCAAGCACCUAUUCAGAAUUUCAGGAAUUGGCCAAGCCUGUGAAUCCAUGUAAUUUAAGAGAGACCUCUCCAAGUCGUCUAAAUCAAAACACGUACCUGAAAUCCUGAACUCAACCAUCAUUCAGCUUUAACUCUACUGCAUGCGAACACUUUGUGCUAUUAGGAUUGGGUCCAUUAGAUGAUGGCUUAUGGGUUCUUGUUCUUUAUAGCUUUAGCUAUGCAUUUUAUAUAUAAAUGAAGGUGUAUUUAAAUGUCUCUUCGUGGGAUUCUACUUGUACGUUCACUUUAACACUAGCACAAACACUGCUUUAUAUGUACUUGUAACAAAUAAAUGUGCAUUUUAAUGUUACAACUACUCAGCUCUUCCUAACAAAUUAAAACGUCUAGUUCUAGUACUUUAAAAAAAAAAAAAAAAAAAAAAAAAAAAAAAAGUACUGGUACUAGUUAAAAUAAAUAAAUGUUUUUCAUUAUUGGCAACAUGGUUAAAAUCACAAUGUACUUUUAAAGUUGCUUCUGAAUGUAUUGCACAAUGUAAAAAUAAAAACUUUAUUGCAUUU